UGGCUUUUCGAGGAGGUUUCCGAUACGCACGGAUCUUUGUCUGCCGAUCUGUACCAAAUCGUAGCAUCUGGCCAAAAUUUGAAGCAGUUGAAACAGAAUGCGCCAUUACUGUGUUGGAUAUUUCUGUCUGUAUGUUGUGUCUCAAAGCAUGACGGGUAGGAUACACUAUCGGUGACGUCACAUAAUUAGAGUAAAUACAAAGUGAACUGUGUGGAAGUGGCGUGCUAUGUAUCAGCUCCGUGAUUUAUCUCGUUUUUGUGAUGGAUAACGGCAAUAUUGAGUUGGUCGGAGCGCCGUGCGGAACUCACGGACCGUACACUUUCUACAAAGCCUUCAAAUACAACAAAAGUGGAAAACAAAACAUUUUAGCUUUAAACGAAUUUGUGUUCAUCAAAUUGUGGAGUGAUUCGGACCUAGUGAGCAUCGGUGAACUGCAGCAACUGUGGGUGGAUAAAAACAGUGAACAGACGCUCGCGAGCCUGCGCCUCUACAUUCUUCCCGAAAAUACCCCAGAAGGGAGGAGCGACAUACAUGGAGAGCAUGAAGUCCUUGCCAUCUCAGAACGAGUCGUCAUUCGCUGUGAGGAUUUGCUGACAUGGCUGACGGAGGAUGCAUCUUGGAGCUGGGGCUUGCCAGCAGUUUGGGACAAAGACUGCUCUGGAACAAGGACAGGCAAUGGGCCUCCAACUACUACUCGGUUGCAGGCUCUCAGUGAUACAUGUCUGGACUUCACCGAUAUUGAAGAAGAAAAGUUAAAACUAGAUUCUUCAAUAUGGGACAGCUGUGGAGUUGUUGUUUUAAGCUUCCCACGAUAUUGUCGCUAUCGUGCUCUUAUGAAGAGGUUGGAAGGUGUGCAUAACAAAUGGCUCAGAAAUUCAUUGGCAAGCUUGGGAGGCUUUUCAGUUCCAUGUCGUGACACUCGGGUGUUAUUCUGCAAAGACACUUUUGAUUAUCCCGAUCUUGAAGGACAUGAACUCCUUUGCAAUCACUUAGCCCCUAAAAUAAAUUUGAGAUCCAAGAAAAAGAAAAAGACCAAUUCACCGGGAGAAACAGACUCUAAUGAAUCAGAAUCGUCUCUGUCUACCAUAUCGUCUUCAACAAAGGAAAAGAAAUCUAGAAGCAGCAGAAACGGUUUACACUAUGACCUUACACAACCAUCAUAUCGCCACAAGUCUGCAAGUCAUGAGGAGAAGAUGUUCCUGGAUAGAUUACAUGACUUCAUGAAUGACAGGCAAACACCCAUAGGCAUGCCCUUAGUGGGGUAUAAGGAAAUGGACCUUUACCAAUUCUUCUCUAAAGUUCAGCGUCUUGGCGGGUAUGAAGGGGUGACUGCCAAUCGUUUGUGGAAACCUAUCCUGGAUGAAAUGGGAGGGGAUCCGGCAAACACUAGUGCAGCUGCUCACUCCAGAAGACACUAUGAAAGAUUACUUUUACCAUAUGAAAGGAAGUUGCGCUCUGAUGUUUUGAAACGAGCUGGAUUUACUCAAGAUUAUGAAGCAUGGAUAGAUGCUCUAUCAAGUGCUGCAGAAAUGAAGGAUUGUAGUGAUAGUGAUAGAAGAAAAACUUCAUCUUUGCGAAGUAUUCGACUAAAACCAGAAAAAUCAUCAGAUCUUUCUGGUAAAGAAAACAUUCCUAUGUCCAUGUUCCGUGCUCUCUCAGAAUUGGGGGACCCAACAAGAACUGUUCACUCUCCCGAGGUUAUUGUGCUGGACUCUGAAUCGGAAACACCUAUUAAAAACGUUACUACGCCGAUGGUUCCUGUUCUCAAAAAAAGAAAACUGGAUAUGCUUAAAGAAGGGGGUCUGGAAGUAACCCCUAUCGGCUCUCCUGGCUCAUCAGGUUCCAGCCAUGCUGAUGGAAGAUCUAGUGUUAAACCGUCUCCGAGUCCAGACACACCACCAGGCCAAGUGUCCAUAAUGGUGACUCCAGACUUGAGUCACAUGCUUGGCUCUCCAAAAGCAGGCUCACCUGAAACCUGUGCUUCACCUCUGGAAUCAACACAAUCCCCAGCAAAUUCAAGAACUGUAAUCAAUGUUCAAGAUCUAAAAAAUUCUCCUUUGUUAAUGUAUCCUGGUUUAGCUGCUAGCCAGAAUGGGAGAAACGAUCAACCUCCUCCAAAGGUCAUCCAGUCUCGAUCAAUUUAUGCAUCUGGGGGAGUAUGGUAUGGAAACCCCAAAGAUUACCCUCGUCCAGGCGGGUCUUCGGGCACAGCAAGCAACAAUCAGACCCCACCUCCUGCAAGGUCUUUACAAGCAACGCUUAAUAUUACCCCCAAGUCAGGACCUAGCAGUGGGAGUGGUGUGGAUGUGUUAGACUUACGGUGUAAAGGUGAAAAACCAGCUGUUGACAUGGUCCGUGUUAUGCCCAGUGUACCUCCACCCAGACAUCCUCCCAUCAGGGACUCAGGACGAGCCAACGUCCCUCAAGGAGCUACUCCACCAACCAUUCCUCGUACCACAGUGGGGUCCAAUUUAGAAAUCACACUAGUGCAAAAUCCGAAACUCGCGAUAGCAAAACUACAGCAAGAGCAAAGAAAUGUGUUAUUACAACAAAGAAGGCAAGCCCAGCAGCAAGCCAAAUCUGUUGCCCCUCUGAAUCGCCCUUCCUCAAGAUUGGACAAUGGCAAGCCCCAUACUUCCUCAUCAGCCUCAACAACAAACAGCAGUAGAAGUCGACCACCAUCUGUGAACAAUGCUCCUUCUGGCGGUCUGGUCAUCCCAUCAUCCCCUUAUAUGCUAGGAAAUAACAGUAGUAGUAGCAGCACCAAUAGUAGUGGCAGUAAUAAUAACAGUAAACGUCGAAAUUCAAAUGAGCAAAGAUCCCGCGGAAGUUCUAGCACACCCGUGUCUUCUGCUGCCAGUAAUCCUUACUUUUCUGGGGCUGCUGCUUCAUUGUUUCCUAAUUUGCUUCAGAACCUUCCUGCUGGAUCGGCAGCCGCGGGGAAGAAUGCAUUUUUACCUCCAAUUGAUUUAAUGUACUACCAGGCUCAGGCUCAGGCGUACAAUCAGUUUUACAACCCUGCUGCAGCCUCUGCAUUACCCAUGUCAUCAUUACCAAUGUCAACGCCACAACUGUUCAUGCCAACCGAAGAGCAGUUCCAAUUUUACAAAAAUAUCUUGAGUCAACAGUUAAAAUCAAAUCCUGCUCAAGCCAAUGAAGACAUUGCUAAAUUGUUGCAGGACCAAUCUACUUCCAUCACGCUUGUUGGGAAUUCAAAAACUCCAACAUCUAAAUGAUGGCAUACUUGUGUCACAGUUAUUAAGACUUAUUAGUGGUAUAUAAUUUUCCCCUUUCCCUUUUAACUGAGUGUACCAUGUACACAACAUGUAAAUCCUGUAUACUCUUGCUCAGGUCCUUGCAUUUAAAUGGGCUCUCAUUGAUUGUCAGUUAUUUCAAUUUAUUUGAGCAAGGAUAUGGUGCUGUUUUCUAGGAUUGAUUGACUUUGGAAUACUUGUGACCAAGAUAUUUUAGUUAAAGUUGUCUUUUAUCAUGGUAUUUUCUGAUCAGAUAAUUGUCAUUGUAGGGUGUGUGUGGGUGCUCCACAUUGAAUAAGGCUGUAGCUGAAUUUCUAAUGACUUCAAAAUUGAAAUGUGCCAUACAGUAUUCAAUUAUCGAAACGUGCUGUUAAGCUUCCCAGCUGUACUGUAAUACUUUUUCAACUCAUUUUCUUAAUGUAUUUGUGAAUUACCUGCUUUAGUGAUGCAUUCUUCCGCAGGAUCCAACUAAAUGAGGUUUUUGUGGAUUUUUUAGUAUGUUUUCUGUGGGUUUCAAUUUUGAGACAGAUGGUGUACUUUUAUACACUUCCAAUUGUACUUUCAUUGCAUUUUAAAUUAUGAGUGAUCAGAUUUUAUGCAUUCGCUGCUUUGAGCAAUAUCAGUUACCAGUAAUUUUAUUACUAUGUUAUAUAAUUAUGAGAUGCUCUUCAAUUGAUUAGACCCAAUUUCUUGAAACCUGAGCUGUUGUGGUCAUCUACUUUCUGAUGGCAUUAUGGUCAUGCCCAUGGAAACAAAUGUCUUCUGAAUUCUAUCGUCCCUGGUCUUGAUUGUGUUGUUGUUCUUACAAACUACUUUUAUGGUUUGUUUUAAUAAGCCCGCAGAUUCACAAUGGUUUAUGUUGAUUUUGCAUAUCUGUCAAAUUGUCCUUCCAGAACGCCAAAGAACAAUGUAGAAAUUCUGUUUCCUGCAUAAAAAAAAAUUCAGCUCCAUCACCAAGUGGUUGGAAUAUAUUCUUUUUGUUAGAAGUAGUUGUGUGACUUUAAAAGUAACAUUUUAUUCUGGAAAGAGAAAAAAAAAGUUACUAUUCUUCAAACUCUAUCCCAUGUUAAUGCUCUUCUGAUGAGUUCAUUUUGUACAAGUUUGCUGUAAUCUUGACUGAGAAAUGUUUUUAUUCAAAACAUCACAUGCCAGUUAUGUGAUUAUGAGCAAAAGUUCAUUCAUAGGGCAGUACGCACUAUUAUACUGAAAGUAUCUUGUUUAGUUAUUUGUUGUUGUAAAACUUUGUUUUUCCCUCUUCCUCGUGUAACUCUUCGAUCAUGUUCUUGUAAAUAUACUACUGAAAUGUGUAUAGUUAGAGGUAUUUACAGUAUUUGUUAUUAAAACAAAAAUAUGGAGACCAGUUUGUUUUAUCUUCACCAACCCUGUGUGACUGUUUAAGUGUAAUUCCUGUCUUGUUUUCACCUGCUCCAAUACUUGUUUUGUUUGAUGUUGAUUGAAAGUAAAAACGGUGUAUUAUUGAUGUAUGUGAUUGUUUGUUUUUCCUUUUGUACACAGUUACCAUUUUUUUUCUUGUAACCGAAUAGGAAAUUUCUCAUCUUAAAGUGAAUCCAUUAGUUACUUGGUUUAUAUUACUGUAAGAUAGGCUUUUUACAUGGAUCCUGCCCCCAAGUACAUUUAAGGCCUGAAUGAGUGUACAUAUAUACAAAUGAGGAUUCACUAGUCUGAGGAUAAGAAUGUCUCACAGGUACCAGAAAUGGUGGAAAAGAACUUGUAGGCCUAUUUAUAGAGAAAUUAUUGUGCAUGGGACUUCUUUGUUAAAGUUGCGUAUAAAUAUGUGUAAAUUACAAAAAGUAUAUAUAUAAAUAAACAGAUUUAUAUAUAUAAUAAAUAUAUACAUUGAGAGUGAUGUGGUGCAGUAUGUUAUGAGGGUCUUCAAUGGAUAGUAUCUGUUACUUUUUAUUUUAUUUAACUCAAGGUUUUGUACAUUGUGAGUUUACAAGUCAGAUUUUCACGCAGAUUCCUGAUUGUUGUAAUUUGCAAAUUAUAACUUUCGAGAAACAGCCCCUUGAGUUAUGUUACUGAAUUAGCACUGCCUUUAUGAUGAUGGAAAACCUUCAAUCAUUCCAUUUGACAUGUUCAUAAGCCUAAACACUUAUAUGUAAAGUGCUUUAUUAUUGAUGACCUUUUAAGGAAACAAUAAAUGCAUUUGCAGCUGCAUAAAA